AGAAUAAGAAACGCAAACUCAUCUCAUUUGGACAUGACACGUGCAAAACGAUGUUGGACCUUGUUGAGAGCGAAAGCCAAGCUGGCAACCCACCCCACAAGCGAGCAGAAUAUUACACGACAGCUGGACUGUUCAGUGCAGAGGUUGGGGAACUAGAGAAGGCAGCCGAGAUGUUCUGGAAAGCCUACAGAGUGGAGCUGAAGAGGGAGGAGUACCAUCCACGCAUGGCAGAUGCACUGUCAGGUCUGACUCAAGUCCGCAUGAAACAGAGCAAGCUGAGAAAUGCGAGAGUCUGCAUACGACGACUUCUGCAGCUGGCAAAGCACCGCUGGCCAGAGCGAGUACUUGAUGCUGAAGUAGCCCUCAGGAUGGUCCGCUGCAGGAUAGCCUUCCAGGCCUGGAAAGAAAACAUGAAAAAGGGAAAAGCCGUCUCUGAAAACUUCACUACAGUUAUCUGCUUGUCUUGAGCAUGGAUGGAAACGAACGUGAAAACAAACAAGGCAAUUAAGGAUGGCAGACAUUGCAUGCCUAUAAACACAUACUACUUUGCAACAAACAAGUCCCGUAUACAGAAAUGGAGCAGAGGCCAGGAGAGACCCGAUACACACACACACACGCACACACGCACAUACAC